ACAUUGAUCUUUGGCGUUUUACAGUUUUCCGAAUCAAGUUGCAUCAUCACGAGCUCUCUCUCUCUCUAGUCUCUCUACUCUCAAACCCAUCUCUCUCUCUCACGCAUCGUAUAAUGAAGUUCACCGGUAAAUCAAAUUCGACGGCUACAUUACCCGCCACAGGCCUCAAUCUCAAGGCUACCUUUCGAAGAGCACGGAAACCGAUCUUGGCUGGUCACCGAAGAUCCGGCGUCGUUGUCAGGAGGCGGAGCAGGCCGGAGACUCCUCUGUCAAAACCCAUGGUGGGGGAUCAAAACAGUGAGCGAUGCAGCGCUGUUGGAGAUGAUGAAGAUGAUUGUAAUAGUCAGUGGCCGACUACGCAUUGUCGAGAACGAAGGAGAAGUUUACGGCCUGAACCUGAUGCUGUUAGGAAACUCGCGGCUGGAGUGUGGCGAUUGCAAGUCCCGGAUGCGGUUACCAGCGGCGGAGAUGAGAGGAGCAAGGAUGUCAUAAGGUUUCAGGAAAGUGCUGGUCACUUGGGUCCUCUGUUUUAUUACCACCAUGAGGACAAACAUCCUGGCUUUCAAAGCAACAACAAGUUAAGAGACGGUCAGAGUUCUGUUGCUGCAACAAAAAGUAGAUUCUUGUGUAAGCAUGAGCCUUCAAUUCCAUUUCCCCACGGCGCGAUGGAGGGGGCAACAAAAUGGGAUCCCAUUAGCUUGAAUACAAGGGAUGGAGUACACCAAAUCUAUAGCAACGUGGAGCAGAUUAAUCAAAAAGUGGAUGCUAUUUCAUUGGCUUCUUCUGUUGAGUUGAAACUCGAGGAAGCUCGUGCUUGCAUUGAGAAUCUUGAGAGUGAGAAGAGAUCCCAGAAAAAGAAGCUUGAACAGUUCCUACGGAAAGUUAGCGAGGAAAGGGCGGCUUGGCGAAGCAGGGAGCAUGAAAAGGUCCGAGCAAUCAUUGACGAAAUGAAAGCUGACAUGAACCGGGAAAGGAAAAAUAGUCAUAGAAUAGAAAUCCUCAAUCAAAAACUAGUCAAUGAGCUUGCAGAUUCAAAGUUAGCCGUAAAGCGGUACAUGCAUGAUUACCAACAGGAAAGGAAGGCAAGAGAAAUAACUGAAGAAGUUUGUGAAGAACUCGCAAAGGAAAUAGAAGAAGAUAGAGCUGAGAUUGAAGCAUUGAAGAGUGAAUCCAUGAAUCUCAGAGAGGAAGUAGAUGAUGAAAGAAGAAUGCUGCAGAUGGCUGAGGUUUGGCGUGAGGAACGUGUCCAGAUGAAGCUUAUUGACGCCAAAGUAACACUCGAGGACAAGUAUUCACAAAUGAACAAGCUCGUAGAAGAUUUGGAAGCCUUCCUCAAAGCAAGAAAUGCUAUUACAGGUGUGAAAGAGGUGAGAGACGCAGAAUUGUUAAGAGCAUCAGUUAAUAGUAUCCAAGAGAUCAAGGAAUUUACAUAUGAACCCGCAAAGCCAGACGAUAUCAUCAUGUUAUUUGAAGAAAUGAACUUAAGUGAAGUCCAGGAUAGAGAAAUCAAGCAAUAUGAUGACUUUAGUCCGGUUAGCCACUCUUCAAAAGUUCACACGGGAAGUCCAGAUGUCAAUUUGAUUAAAGGGAGACAUUCAAAUAGUUUCAGUGAUGAGAAUGGUGUAUUUGAAGAAGAUGACAGUGGCUGGGAAACUGUGAGCCAUCCUGAAGAACAUGGAUCCAGUUACUCUCCAGAUGAAAGCAACCCUGGUAUUAGCAACAAUCAUCACCGUGACAACAAUGUAUCGAUGAAUGGAACAGAGUUUCAAAAGACUCCAUUAAGAGUAAUAAAAGAAGUGCGCUCUUUUCCAAGAAGACAAUCCAAAAAGUUAUCCUCAAUGGCAAAGCUCUGGAGUUCAUUAGAAGGCAUGAAUGGAAGGGUUUCAAACGGGAGAAAGUCAACUGUGGGGAUAGUUUCCCCAGAGACAUGCUCGGGCAAAGGAGGAUUCAGCACGUUGGACUUGGUAGGGCAAUGGAGCUCACCACCAGACUCAGCUAAUGCUAAUGUAAACCGAGGGAAGAAAGGGUGCAUAGAGUGGCCAAGAGGUGCAUAUAAGAAUAACCUUAAAACAAAGCUAAUAGAAGCACAAAUUGAAAGCCAAAAGGUUCAGCUGAAACAUGUCCUUGAGCAUCAGAUCUAGGCCACUCUACGUACUCCGAAACUACCUGUCCUAUAUACCCUAAGUCAAACUAGUCUUCGUGGCUGAGCAGCAAAACCGUAGUUUGAGCUCGCCUGCCUGCUAUUGUCUUUUUCCCACGAUCUAUCCGAUCGAGCCAAUUGCAGUGAUAUAGUGUCUUGCCAGUUCCCAACCUCUUGUUGGUUGCCAGGAACAGAGACCCAAUUGUGUUUUGCUUUAAUGAAGUUUGUUCUUCUUUAGAGUCCAACUUCAGGUCAAUAAUAUCUUGUUUAAUACAUUGUGUAUAUACUUCGAAACUGUAGGAUGCAUUUUUCUACUUUGACUUUAUUAUUUGUAAUUCAACGAUAUGAUAAAUACACACAUCUUACCACGUCA